GGGCUCGGGGGUGGGGCGGGGAGCCCUGGGACGAAAUAGCUCAGGGUGCAACCACAACCUGAGCGGCCUCCGAGAAUCCGGAGGUAGCAGCCCGUAGCUGCGCCCCGGUGGACCACUUUCUGGAGACCCAGCUCAUGUACCCGAGACCGAGGUCUUCAUCUGCGUCCCCCUCCACAGGGUACCUCUGGUUCAAAUCCCCAGCAAAGACAUGGAAGAAUUUUUGCAACGCGCCAAAUCUAAACUGAAUCGAAGCAAACGCUUGGAGAAGGUUCAUGUGGUCAUUGGCCCCAAAUCAUGUGACCUGGAUUCUCUCAUUUCUGCCUUUACCUAUGCUUACUUUCUAGACAAGGUCAGCCCACCUGGGGUUCUCUGUUUACCAGUGCUAAAUAUUCCAAGAACUGAAUUCAACUACUUCACUGAGACAAGAUUUAUUUUAGAAGAGCUGAAUAUCUCUGAAUCAUUCCACAUAUUCCGAGAUGAGAUUAACCUGCAUCAGCUAAAUGAUGAAGGGAAGUUGUCUAUAACACUCGUUGGCAGCAACGUCCUGGCAAGUGAAGACAAAACUUUGGAAUCAGCAGUUGUCAAGGUCAUUAAUGCUGUUGAACAGAAUGACACAGAGUUUGAGAUCCGGGAGUCUUCCUCAUCCCUCGUGCUGAAAGAGCUUCUCCAGGAGGCUCCUGAGCUCAUCACUGAGCAACUGGCUCAUCUCCUCAGAGGCAGCAUCCUUUUCAAGUGGAUGACCAUGGAUCCUGACAAGAUCUCAGAGAAGCAGGAAGAGAUUCUUUCUGUCCUGGAAGAAAAGUUUCCUAACUUGCCUCCAAGAGAGGACAUCAUCAAUGUCCUGCAAGAAACCCAGUUCAGUGCCCAGGGUUUAAGUAUUGAACAAACAAUGUUGAAAGAUAUAAAGGAACUUUCUGAUGGAGAAAUAAAAGUGGCCAUUAGUACUGUGAACAUGACCCUCGAGAAUUGUCUGUUUCACAGCAAUAUCACCAGUGAUUUGAAAGCAUUCACAGACAAGUUUGGUUAUGAUGUCCUCAUCCUGUUCGCUAGCUACCUAUCAGAGGAGCAGCAGCCAAGGAGGCAGGUCGCUGUGUAUUCCCAGAACCUAGAACUGUGCAGUCAGAUUUGCUGUGAGCUGGAAGAGUGUCAGAACCCCUGCCUGGAGCUGGAGCCCUUCGAAUGUGGCUGUGAUGAGAUCCUGGUGUACCAGCAGGAGGACCCAUCGGUGACUUGUGAUCAGGUGGUUCUCCUCAUCAAGGAAGUCAUCAAUAGGAGGUGUCCAGAGAUGGUCUCCAACAGCCGGACAUCCUCAACAGAAGCCGUGGCAGGCAGUGCCCCCCUCUCCCAGGGCUCUUCUGGGAUUAUGGAGUUGUAUGGUUCUGACAUAGAACCACAGCCCAGCUCUGUGAACUUCAUAGAAAACCCUCCAGAUCUCAAUGAUUCUAACCAGGCUCAGGUGGAUGUCAACGUAGACCUCGUUAGCCCAGAUAGCGGGCUGGCCACCAUUCGGAGCAGCCGUUCAUCCAAGGAGAGCUCAGUGUUCCUCAGUGAUGACAGUCCCGUGGGAGAAGGUGCAGGGCCUCACCACAGCCUCCUCCCAGGGUUUGACUCCUAUAGUCCCAUCCCCGAAGGGGCAGUGGCAGAGGAGCAUGCCCGGUCUGGGGAUCAUGGGGAACGCUUUGACCUCUUCAACUUUGACUCAGCACCCAUGGCUUCUGGGCAGUCCCAGCCAUCUUCCCAUUCCGCAGACUACUCCCCAACAGAUGACUUCCCCAACAGUGAUUCAUCAGAGGGUCAACUUGCUGCUGGGCCCAAAGGACUUGAUGAGAUCGGGAUCAACAUGUCCAAUUAUUCAUCCAGUUCACUGUUGUCAGAGGCUGGAAAAGACAGCCUUGUGGAAUUUGAUGAGGAGCUUGCCCAGAGACAAGAAAGUCUUGGAGACAGCUCUGAAAGAAAUUUGAGCAUGACAGGUUUUAUGGGAGAUGACUCUCCUUCACCAGAAAGACUGAAAAAUACUGGGAAAAGGAUCCCACCAACACCUAUGAAUAGCUUUGUAGAAAGUUCACCGUCCACUGAAGAGCCAGUCCCACUAUAUCCAGAAGACAUAACCCACAAAGCAAUUGACACAGGGCACAUGGGGCCACCUCAGACUCGUGCACGGUGCAGCAGCUGGUGGGGUGCUUUGGAAAUGGAUUCUAAAAAUAUUGCUGAUGCGUGGAGUUCCAGCGAACAAGAAUCUGUCUUCCAGAGCCCCGAGUCCUGGAAAGAUCAUAAGCCCAGCCCAGGGGAUAGGAGAGUCUCAGAUUCUGCAUUUCAGCCAAAGAAUCUUGAAUUCCCAAAGUCAGAUCCUUGGAGGUCUGAAUUUGGUCAGGCCGAAAUGGGUAGCAAUGCUAUUCAAGACGAAAAAGAGGAAAGUCUGCAGUUUCAGAGCCUGCCCACUGAGAAGUCACAUCUGCCAAAUGCUUCCCCCCAGGGAACAAACCACUUGAUAGAAGACUUUGCUGCUUUGUGGCAUUCUGGCCACUCUCCCACCACAAUGCCUGAGCCCUGGGGAAAGUCUACAAAUGAUGCUGAACCGGCAACUGCAGUGUCAUUUCCAGCCUGGAGUGCAUUUGGUAAUGAAGAUAGUACCAAAGCUCUAAAAAAUACCUGGAAUCUUCACCCAACAAGUAGUGAGACACCUUCUGCGAGGGACCCCAAUGAGUGGGCCAUGACAAAAAGUGGGUUUUCUUUUCCUUCAGAAGACCUUCAGGACCAUUCACCCAGUGAGAUAAAUAACGAAGCAGCUCCAACAAUCUGGGGCAAGAAAAACAAUGACUCCAGGGAGAAUAUUGUUGUAUCUGGAAAUCCCAGUUCUGAUUUAGAACAGGCAUGGAAUAAUUCUAAGCUACCAAGAGAAGAUCAGCAUGGUUUAGUGGAUCCUAAAACUAGAGGGAAUGUAUAUGAAAAGGUAGAUUCCUGGAGACUUUUUGAGGAGAAUAUUAAGAAAGGAGGGUCAGAUGUCUUAGCUCCUUGGGAAGAUUCCUUCUUAUCAUAUAAAUGCUCUGAUUACAGUGCAUCCAAUAUGGGAGAAGAUUCAGUGCCUUCUCCGUUAGAUACCAACUACUCCACCUCUGACUCUUACACAUCACCAACAUUUGCUGGAGACGAAAAAGAAACUGAAAACAAGCCAUUUGCCAAAGAGGCAGGAUUGGAGUCAAAUGACUGCACCACAGAAGAGCCUGAAGUUCCUCCGCAGUCGCCACAGCAACCACCUAGAAAUCGAAUCAGUUCUGGUCCUGGGAACCUGGACAUGUGGGCUUCACCUCAUGCAGAUAGUGGUCCUGAAAUAAAUGCCACUCAUGACCCAGGUAAAGAUUUACUCAGGACAGAGCACACAGAUGAUAAGGACGCCUCCAUGGAGGAUGACAUGGCGGAAAGCAGCCAGUCCAGUUACGACGACCCCAGCAUGAUGCAGAUGUACAAUGAAACCAACAGGCAGCUCACACUUCUGCACAGCAGCACCAACUCCCACCAGGCAGCCUCUGACAACCUCGACUUGUGGAACAGAGUCAUUCUGGAGGACACGCAGUCCACGGCAACCAUUUCGGAUAUGGACAAUGACUUGGACUGGGAUGACUGCAGUGGGGGGGUGGCGAUCACCAGUGAUGGCCAAGCAGAGGGAUAUAUGGCUGAAAGUACGGAACCAGAAACCCGAUUUUCAGUAAGACAGCUGGAGCCAUGGGGCACAGAGUAUCAGGAAGCGAAUCAGGUAGAUUGGGAACUUCCCCAAUCUGAGCACACCAAGGACACUGCUCCCAAUGAAUAUCACACUCUGAAUGAGAAGAGUGGGCAGCUGAUUGCAGACAGUAUUUGGGAUUCUUUUAUAAGAGAUAAAGAUGUGUCAUCAUUGAAGUUGCCAGACCCGUCGUAUAUUAUGGAUUCAGAACAAAGCAAUUUACCUCCUGAAAGUCCCAGCCAUUCAGCAAGUGAUAAGAAUAGUCCCACCCGAGAUGUGCUGGAAGUUUCUGGAAUCAGUGAGUCAGCAGCACUUACAACUCAUCCUGACAACCAGGAAACAGGGACAGCAGCCCUGCAAGGUGACACAGAAUCCCUGGUGACCGGGCUUGAGAGUCCAGGACAUUUUGCCCACUCAGAUCCAUGGAUGAUAAGUCACAGCUACGAAAAAAGUGAAACUGAGAAUGAAAUUCCAGGAUCCGUGGACAGGGGGAGCCUUGAUAAAGGGGAUCCAGUAGAUCUGGGAAUGGAUAGCACUUCAGGGAUUUAUGGAAAAGGGCCUAAUGAUCUCUCUUCUCCAGUUGCAUCUGAACAUGAAGAAGUCGGCACCGAAUCAGGCAAAACCAGCUCUCUUUCAGUCACUUUCAGUCCUCAAACCAAGGAGUCACAAGAUGUUUUAGAGUUUGAAUCUUACAAUAUAACCUCUUAUGAUACACAAACAGAGAUGUCCACAAACAACCUGCAAGCAAAGGAGACCUAUGAAGAGUCCCUCAUAAGUCAAGGAAAUUCAGAUGAAACUACUGAGAUUCCAGAUGGGAUGAAUUUAACAAAAAAUGUAUCUUUAUCUGAAAUGGAUCCUGAGGAAACUAAAGAAUAUAACAUUCUGGAGCCAGAAAGAGUAAAAGAAGCAUCUCCCCAAAGCCUGGAUAUUUGGGAUUGCCCUACAGACAGUGAUGUGCAGGAUAAUCACCCGAGCUCUGAGAUAACUAAGAAUCUUGAAGCUAAGGAUACUGACAACAGCCUUCCAGGAACCGGUUCAUCUGGAGAUUAUGACAGAAAUAGUGUUUCUAGUGGGUAUACUCACUCAAGUGCAUCGAGUCCUGACCUAAAUGAUUCUUUGGCUGCAUUGUCUCCCUGGGGCCAUGUACCCCGUGUGGAUCAUCAGCAAGAGGAUGGAGAUGGAUGGAGUAAGCAGGAUCACCAAGAAUCGGAACCAGUCACCACUGAGGGCCAAGAAGAAGCCAUUUCUGAAAUGAAAGAUUUGGAGGAAAGCAGAACAGAUGGGCUUGAAAACAGCUUUGAUCACAAGGUUCCUAAAUUUUUAGAGAUUUGGAAUGACUCAGUGGAUCGUGAUUCCCUAUCCUCUUUAUCCAGUCCUGAAACAGGAAAAUAUUCUGACUAUUCAGGUGAUUAUCUGGAAAGAAAUGUAACAUUUAGCCUUCAGGAGAAAAAUGAAUGUGACAUUCCUGAAUCUGUGCAGCCAGAGGACGCCACGGCCAUUCGAGCAAGCUCUGACUCUGAUGAGGAUGGUAUAGGUGAUGAUGUAUCAGUAGAGAAAGAGAUCCCUUUGGUCACUUGUCAGGUGGCUCAGAGUGAAUCCAGAGCUUGGGAUUCAUUAACUGAAUCCAAUUCCUUGGCCACGGUGGAUCCCAUGCCCGAGGAGUUUUCAGACAAUGCAGGCAGCUCAGAACCAGCAGGGAAUGAAAAUGAGUCAAACCCUUUCUGUGACAAUUUGCAAAGCAGCCUUGAUCAGUGGAAUUUCUCACCACUCACAGAGACUGAAGCACAGAUCACAGCAGUGGAAGACAGGAGAUCUUCUCCAGAGACAGAGAGGACCAGAGAUGACGUAUGGCAAGUAUCUCCCAAAACUGAACCAAAGAGUGAGGAUCAUUCUAGAUCGGAAAUGCAUGGCUUUUCAGCUCAAGGCAACGAGUGGUGGAAUGCCCCUCCGCCCGAAGCGAGAUCAAUCGAAAGUACAAGUGCAUUUGAAGGGAAGCUGUGUAACUCGAGCGCUGUGUUAGAGAUGAAUUCUUCGGACUACCAAAGUGUGGGUCCCUGGGGAGCACCCAUGCAGGGUGAUAUGGAAUCCAUAGAAGCAUACUGUACUAAUCCUUUCAGUGAUAAACUUCAGUCACCCUUUCUGGAUGAUCAUGGAGACAACUCCCAUGAGCAAUUCUGGAACAUUCAACCAAGACAGCCAGACCCAUAUGCUGAUCCGUUUAGCCAGCUUGUAAUAUUGGACCAAAUUAAAGAUAAGGAUUCCACAGAGCAAACCUUCAUAUCUUCUACUGGCAACAACCUUCCUUCUGAAAUGCCCACCCCAGAGCGGUGUCAGGAUUCCAUGCUGACCGUCUGGGACCAGCCGGACCCAGCAUUUACUCCCACAGAUGAAAAUGAAUGUGUUAUAGCCAAUACCUCAACUGCUGAAUGUCAAGAAGCAAAUUGGUGGGAACAAGAAAAACCAGACCUUGGUGAAAUGACACAUUCCAGCAUUGCUGCAGAAAAUAUCCCUACUGUCAGUUCCCCUACACAGUUGAUAAAGAAAUCAGGCUCUGAAUGGGAUAGCUCCAGCCCUAGUGAGAGCCCCCAAGGUCCCUUUGUUCCAGAUAUUUUGCAUGGCAACUUCCAAGAGGGUAGGCAGCUGGCCUCAGCUUCGCCUGACUUGUGGAUGGAUGUCAAGCAGCCCUUCAGUGUAAAACCAGAUGGUGAGAAUCCUGAUAUACUAACUCACUGUGACCAGGACAGCAAUUCUCAGGCCUCCAACAGCCCUGAUAUAUGUCAUGAUUCUGAAGCAAAGCAAGAGACUGAGCAGCACGUCAGUGUUUGCAUGGGACCUGAAGUGAAACUCAGUGAUUGUUAUCUUGCUGAGCCAAAGGUGAAUGAAGAACCUAGUCAGGAGCCUGGGCAGGAAUCUAUCCCAUACAACCCAGAGCUCUGUUCUGAAAAUGUAAUUCCACUACCUCCCAUCAGCAAUCAAGCAAAUAUAGAUGGCUCAUCUCAGCCUCCCUCUUAUAAAGGUUCUCCAGAACCUCCUGAAAUGAAUGAUGAUGACAGUACAGGUUUAAAAGCAUCAGAAAAAAGAAUUGGCUUAGAUUCAGCACCAAUUUUGGAAGUUUCAAUCCCAAGGACUGAAAAUGUGGGAACUAGGGUUUUUGUAGCUCACCAGGAGCCACCUGUAGAAGGCAGUGGCUUUUGGGUAUCAGAGAACUUUUCUCCUGAAAGUCAGACAGGUACAAGAGCUUCACCUAGCUAUGAACCGUCUUUUGCUCCUGUGAAUCCUGCCACAGCUACUGAUGCUUUGCUGGCCUCAGACACCUGCCUGGAUGUAGGUGAAGCUGCCUUUGACCAUAGUUUCAGUGAUGCCUCUGGUCUCAACACUUCUACAGGAACAAUAGAUGACAUGAGUAAAUUGACAUUAUCGGAAGGUCAUCCCGAGACACCAGUUGAUGGGGAUACAGGGAAGCAAGAGAUCUGUUCAUCUGAAGCCUCGUGGGGUGAUUUUGAGUAUGAUGUAAUGGGCCAGAAUAUCGAUGAAGAUUUAAUGAAAGAACCUGAACACUUUCUUUAUGGUGGUGACCCUCCCUUGGAGGAAGAUGCUCUGAAGCAAUCGCUGGCACCCUACACGCCUCCCUUUGAUUUGUCCUAUCUCACAGAACCUACCCACGGUGCUGAAAGAACAGAGGAACCUGGGUCCCCAGAGGAUGUGUCUCUGGGGAGUGAAGCAGCAGAGAUGCUGCUUUCCGCCCUUCCUGAUCAGAAUGAGAGAAAACACCCUGAGACCCCAAAUGGACAGCCUGGACACCAGCUGGUGGUACUGCAUAUUCAUGAAGACCUUGAAUCAGUUUCUUCACCUGUAGGAGGGGCAGGCUCCAACACUGAGUUAUCACCAUCAAAUAUUGACUGGGAAGUAGAAACAGAUAAUUCUGAUCCACCAGCAGGUGGCGACAUGGGACCAUCAAAUGGUGCCAUCCAGGAAACAUUAGAGAUAGAAGAAGAAAAAAUAAUUCCUACUGAAGAAUCUGAGCAGAUAAAAUCAGAAUACAAGGAUGAAAGAUGCAUAGCCAAGAAUGAGGAUCAUCAUGUACUACACAUGGAUUACAUACUUGUAAGCCAUGAAAAAAAUUCACCCUUGAAGUCAGAGGCCUGUGAAGCAAGAGGAAGCAUAUCUGAAUCAGAAGAAUCACCCAUAGAAUCCCAAGAAACAGGGCUUCCAGGAACUCAGUUAGCAAACUUUCCAGACCCAUGUCAGCCUGCCUCCUUACAUGAAAACAAAGAUCAUCAUGAAGAGGAAAUGUCUUCCAAAGACGACAAGAGGUCAUCUCUUGAAAGCCCUACACAAGACCAGAGUUGGAUGGUCUUGGGCCAUGGUGAAGUUGGUGAUCCAUCAUUGGAAGCCAGAGAUUCAAGGCCUGGAUGGUCUUGCCAGACUGUGGAGCCAUGCUCUGAUCUUAGCCUGGGCAAGGAUCCCCAGGUGCAGGUUCUGGGAGGAAUGAAGCCUCUAGAGUCUUUAGCACUAGAGGAAGUCUCUGUUGGUCAGAGCAGCCAAUCACAGAGGAACAAAAGGCAAGGCAGGGCUGUCCCAGAUGCAGUUCUGUUGCAGACGGUCACCCAUGACAAUGAAUGGGAAAUGCUUUCACCACAGCCUUCUCAGAAAAACAAGAUCCCUGAGAGGGAAAUGAAGGAGGAGACAGAGUUCCUUGAGCCUGGAACCAGGAAACCAAGACCAAAUGGGCUACUGUCAGAGGAUGUAGGAAUGGACAUCCCCUUUGAGGAGGGAAUGCCAAGUCCUGAUGCUGCAGACCUGAGGCCUGAGCCUCCUAACUCUCUGGAUCUUAAUGGGACUCAUCCUCGGAGAAUCAAACUCACAGCUCCAAAUAUCAAUCUUUCCUUGGACCAAAGUGAAGGCUCUAUUCUCUCUGACGAUAACCUGGACAGUCCAGAUGAAAUUGACAUCAAUGUGGAUGAACUCGAUACCCCCGAUGAAGCAGAUUCUUUUGAGUACACUGGCCAUGAAGAUUCCACAGCCAACAAAGAUUCUGGUCAAGAGUCUGAGUCUAUUCCAGAAUAUACAGCUGAAGAGGAACGGGAAGACAACCGGCUGUGGAGGACAGUGGUGAUUGGAGAACAAGAGCAACGGAUUGACAUGAAGGUCAUCGAGCCCUACAGGAGAGUCAUUUCUCACGGAGGAUACUAUGGGGACGGCCUAAAUGCCAUCAUUGUGUUUGCCGCCUGUUUUCUGCCAGACAGCAGUCGGGCGGAUUACCACUAUGUCAUGGAAAAUCUUUUCCUAUAUGUAAUAAGUACUUUAGAGUUGAUGGUAGCUGAAGACUACAUGAUUGUGUAUCUGAAUGGUGCUACCCCAAGAAGGAAGAUGCCAGGGCUUGGCUGGAUGAAGAAAUGCUACCAGAUGAUUGACAGACGAUUGCGCAAAAAUUUGAAAUCAUUCAUCAUUGUUCAUCCUUCUUGGUUCAUCAGAACAAUCCUUGCUGUGACACGACCUUUUAUAAGUUCAAAAUUCAGCAGUAAAAUUAAAUAUGUUAAUAGCUUAUCAGAACUCAGCGGGCUGAUCCCAAUGGAUUGCAUCCAUAUUCCAGAGAGUAUCAUCAAGUACGAUGAAGAGAGAUCUUAUAAGAGAAGUGUGAGACUGGAUGAAGAACUGAGAGAAGCUUCAGAAGCAGCUAAAACUAGCUGCCUUUACAAUGAUCCAGAAAUGUCUUCUAUGGAGAAGGAUAUUGACCUGAAGCUGAAAGAAAAGCCCUAGUGGGCCACGGCUGGGGGAUGAGGAUGCUUUUUGCUUCGUGGUUCUGCUGAAACAUAUCUACCUAGAAGAGACAGGGCUGAUGUUACUUUUUUCCACUUUGCACUACCUGGUGCCAUUCUAAAUUUCUAAGGGGAAAAACAGGAGGAGAAUUUGUUUACUCUUAACAUGUUUUAUGAAAUUGUGUGUAUUUUCCUAUUUUGCCAACUAUGUGCCUCAAAGAUUUUAGUUGAACCUUAGCAAGAAAGUAGGAACUUCCAAUUCAGUGUUUUAACCCUUGCUGUAGUGGUAUUUGGUCCCUUAGUCUGGCAUUUACCAAUAAGAGAACUUAAAUCCACUGUUAAGCGUAUGUGGAUUUCUUUCCCUAGUUUAGCUGGAUUUCUCUGUGAUGAACACUUUAGAUUUAAAGUACACAGUGCUCAACUCUCCCCAAGAAAGUGGCUCCCCAUAAUCCCACCUUUAAAUUUCCUACCCUGCUUAGGACAGCCAGAAACCAUUCACAAGUAUAAAACCACCAUCAGCUAAGUGCCCAUUGUGUUCUUGUUCACAUGAGUCUUCUUCAUUAGCUUCUCAAAGGGAAAGUAGAGUUUCUAACUUACAUCAUUUUUAUUUUAGGUAUCAUGAUUUAGGUGAAUUGAUUAAAAAAAAACAUUUCUCCAACGAGUAUUGAAGACCUUCAUAUUGUGACACUUAGGGGUGAAUGUUGAAUUUUUAGCAGCUGUCUGUGCUUCAGUCCACAAACUGGGCAUCUAAUGUAGCCCACUCAAAAAUUAUUUGGUAACCCAAUUUGCUGAAUUUCCCUCUCACAUGCUUAUUAAAAAAGUGGCAUGGUGGCACACUCCUGUAAUCUCAGCAGUUUGGGAGGCUGAGGUAAGAGGAUCACAAGUUCAAAGCCAGCUUUAGCAACUUAGUGAGGCUAUAGAUAACUUAGCAAGACCCUGUCUCAAAAUAAAAAUAUAAAGGGCUGGGGAUAUAGCUCAGUGGUUAAGCACCCCUGGGUUGAUCCUUGACACUGAAAAAAAAAAGUGAUCUGCUUUAAGAUACUCAAAUUGGAUCACAACAUUAAAAUGAAAUGUAUGUUCUAUUAUUUAUAAAAUAGUUCCUUAUAGUUUUUUUAUGCCCCUUAAAAUACCAAUAUAAUUUCAAAUAUUUGGGGCCUCCAGCAGAUGGGUUGGCAAACUAUGCCAAAUCUGGGGCACCACCAUAAGCUAAGGAUGGCUUUCACAUUUGUGGCUGAAAAAUAAAUUUUUUUAAAUGUUUCGUGACAUAAGAAAAUUUUUCAAAUUUUAGUAUUCAUAAAUACAAUGCUAUUGAAACACAGACACACAAAUUUGUUUUGUUACUGUCUACCUUCACACUACCUCAGCAGAGCUGAGUAGUUAACAACAAACCAUAUGGCAACCAAGCCAAAAAUAUUUACCAUCUUUACAGCGAAAGUUUACUGAUCCUUGCUCUACCAAAUAUCUUUUCCUACUUUGUGCCCCACACCCCACUUGAAUUUAGAUAAUUUCUCUAAACAGAAUGGAAGAAUGAGACUGCAAAACUAAUUUUGUCAAUAAAAUAAAUUAUUAUUUAUUUUGAAAACUAAAAUACAUGGCCAGCUGAGGAAGACAAGGAAUCCUAGGCACAAAAGCAUGGUCCAAGUUUUAAUUGAACUUUUAAUUUUAAUUAAGUCUCAAAGUGAAAUGUGCUUAAAGGUUCCUUUUGAGCUACUUGCUGGUGUUGCCAAGGUCCUUGUCUUACCCUGGAAGCCAUUCUUAGUCCACUGGGGACUGUUAAAAAAGAAACUGGAAGAAAUAAAAAUGAAGAGGAGAGAGGGGUGGUCUGCCUUAGUGUCAUGGUGGUAACUUCACUGAAGAGAGCUCUCCAGGACACUGAGCCCUGGUCCUCUUUGAAAUAGUCAUCUUUGCACCUGCACCUGAGCUCCUCUGACCUCACUUGCCCCUCAUGUCUAUUUCCUUCCUACCUUACCAAGACACAGGUCCACUAUCUUUCCUCCAGAAGCCUCCAUAGUUAUCUGCUUUCCCCCCUCUCGAUCCCUUUCAACUUACCAUCUUAAACUUUGUGGUCUUUUGGAUCUGUUUCCUGAUUAAGUUUGGCUAGCCCAAUAGGAAAACCCCCAAAGCCCACCAUCUCUAAUAGCCCAAUUAUUACUUCUGGAAGCCCAAAUGAUGCCUACCCCAGAAUCUGGUGUUGACCUUAGUACAGUUACCUAAUAUUCUGGUUUGGUCACCUGCUGAACACUCCAUUCAGCUCUGUCCCCUUUUGGAAGAUGUACCACAUGGUCCUCUAGUCAUGUGUAACCUCUAAGUAAUGAGGAAUCCAGUGUUCAGCUUUGUGGUGGAAACCCAAGAACACAGAGCUAUUGAUAGAGGGCUCUUGUUACAGCCAAGCAGACGUGGCAACAAUCCCACCCUUCACAUUUUCUUUGAACUUGUCCAGCCUGUUUAUGAACAACUAACUACUCAAAUGAUUGUGCUGUUUGAAGCUUCAUCUUCCCACACAGAAAUUAUGGGCACCUUUCCCAAUCAGUGGUUUUGUUUGGGCUGUUCUAUGGGCUGCAAAACCAUUUUGAUGUUAGACACCUGCUAUUUUACGAUCUUAAAUGGACAGAUUAAUUUAAUUGCACGUGUUAGAGAAAAAGCUACCAUGUAAAUUCAAUUCAAGUAAAUAGAAUCCUAGGUGAAUCCUGAAAAAAACAGUCCCUAAGCAGAUAGGUAGACAGGUGUAAACUCUCACAUCAUUCAACUCUCUGGCUCUUGGCAUUCUGAGCAUUCUUGCUUUGGUUCUGACUUCUGAGAACUGCUUUGCACUUUUCCUAUAGAUUUGUAGUUAAGUGAACCCAGGGGUUACUGGGGACAAAAGUAUUGUUUUUAUGCAAAGUGGCAACUGUUCUUUCUGUAACUCUUGGUCUAGAGAAAGAACAAAAAUCUGCACAGAAGAUAAUGUCAAGGAGUGAGAAAAUUUGAAGGCAAUAGCUGGUAAUGGAAGAAAACCCUGAGGUUCCUGUUGAAGCCAUACAAUGUUUUAUAGGGUUAGUCUCUAAGGUAUACUCCAGAUGUUUGUGGAAGUCACUGCUCCUAGCCUUUCUCAUUAAGAUAUCAUUUUAAGGAUUCAGUUACAGUACUAUGAUUGCAAUUGUCAUCUUAUCACAAUGCCUCAGUAGUUUGCUCCCUUAGAAACAUUUAGAUGUGCACAGAUUAAUCUUUUAUAUAUUUAAAGAUUUUUCUACCAUGUAUCAGAUUGCUUUGAAUAAAAGUAUCUAUUAGAGUUUGUUUUGGCAAAUAAAUAAAUUCUCCCCAAAUUGUGUGCAUUAAUAAUAUAAAAUAUGUAAUGACACAAUGUAUCUAUAUAAUCUCUCUGUAUAAUGCGGAAAUAAAAAUUGAUUCCACA